AUGGUAUAUACGAUAUACGCGCGCGAGUACCCUACACCGCCGCCGCAUCGUAUCACUACGUAUACUCGCUCGCUGGCCGACUCGCGCACACCGCCGCCGUGCCGUCGGCUCGAUACGCUCUCACAGUGCGCGUCGCUUACGUUGGCCGUACAGUCGUCCCGCCCGACAAUAACAGUGCAGUUAUCCUGCCGCUGCCGACGCCGCGACCCACAAGUUCGUCUCGAAACCCGCGACCGCGAAUUGCCGCCGAUCUAUACAUCCGCGUCGUCGCAUCCCUCGAACAUCGCGUUGCCGCGUCCCUCGCAUGGUCGACCAGAUCGCGGACGGCGACACGACCGACAGCAAAAAGGAUCAAAGGUCAAUAACAAGCACAUAAUUUUCCUUAUUAAAUGUAGAUUAUACAGGUAGAAAUACUCGUGCAUAUACCAUAAUAUUACCUACGCAUAUUUUAUAACAUUAAACAUAAUUAUUGUAACAUAAUAUUGUUAUACUGCGUGUUCACGUGUGUCGAUCAACGUGCUCGGCGUAACGGAAAAUCGAAUCCUGUCCCACGCAUCAUCGUUCGUAUGUAGGUAGUCGAGUAUACAGAAUAGUAUUACACACCGCACGCAGCGGGAAAUUACCGCCGACGACGCAGGUAAUUUUACGCGCGCCCGUAAAACAAAUCCUUGCGCGGCACGAGAUACGACGGCAGCAGAUCGGGUCGGCAUUGCGUACGACCGAUCGCGCUUUUGACGCCCCGCAAAGGGUCGCGGCUAUAAUAUAUCAAACGGCUCUAGAAGGUUUCAAUUACGCGCGCGAUUCGUCGAAACUAAAGUACCGAAUCAAUUCUCGGCAAUAACGAACAAACGAGCGCGGCCACACGUAACUUAACGUGGCAUUUUAUUGACAAAUGUUUUUCAUUUUUUUAUUCGUUUCGAAUCGAGUAAUAUUUGUUUGCCCCGUUUAUAUAUAAUGUACAGAACUUAUCUUUUUUUCCUAUCAUAUUAUAUUCGCUAUAAUACAAACGACUUCCUACUGCGUUCGUAAACUGCCUCAAACACCCUGUAAAUUAAAAAUAAACAAAAUAAAUGUAUGAAGACGAGUCUUAGCCUGGAGUAUCAUAAGAGUCAUCGGUAGUACGCCUGCUAUUGAACAUAAAUAACACGCGAUACUAUAAUACUUCAGGCUAAGUUUUGUCUACGUAUUUAUUUAUUUCAUAUUUUAAAUUUUGCGUGAAGUAAGGAAUAUAUUGGUUUUACUAUGAUGUGUUUUUAUUUGUGUCCGUAAACAACUUUUCUACCAGAAAUCUUGCUCCAAUCGAAAACUUUAUAGGAAUUUUCUUGUCUUUGUAGUUGAUGGAUGCAUUGUAGAAAUAAUUUUCAUAGUUGUCUUAAUAACUGGGAAAAAACUGAUAAUUUUUUUGGGUUUUCAUUAAAUCUAGCAUGGAAAUUUAUGAUAUAACAAAUUCAAAUGUGAAAUUUUAAAGCGUUUUUUUUUUUUUGCUUAAUCCAAUGUUUUUUACUAAUUUCUUUGCUUGUUUGUUGAUUUUCAAUACUUGAGUCCCAAAUUCAGAUAAUAAUAUUAAAUUCUAAAAAAAUUGGUAAUAUUAUAUCAUUCAGUCUUAAAUUAUAUUCAUAAUUAUAUAUUUUCUGUAUUGCACUUUUGACUUGUGCGAUUAUAAAAUAAGUAUAAUUUAACCAAAAUCUAAACACCGUAUUUUUUUACGAAAACUAAGAAACAAUUUUUUAAAAAAUAAAUAUAAGUUGAUUACAUAUAUAAAUAUACAAUAUAUUUAAUAAGUAUAUAUAUAAUAUUUAUUAAUGGUAUAAUAUGCAUAUAAUAAAUGCAUAAUAUAUAGACAAAAACGUAGCCUACAGUAGUAUUAUUUUUCUCUUUGUAAAAUACUAAUUAUUUAAUCUAUGUUUGAAAAGUGCUGUAAGCGGUUAAGUUACAGAUUUCAAUAAUUGUAAGGGACGCUCAUUUUUUCUUAAGUGUCAUGAUCCCUCUUGUAUUUCUUUUAUUUUUCCAAUUCGAGCACUGUCUAAUAGAUACCUCGCAUACUUACCUUCUAUUCAUCACGAAUGCACAAUAUUAUUAUCAUUAUAGACAUAAUGUAUUUAUGCGAAUUUUAUUAUUUAUAUACCGUCUUAGAUAAAUCACUGUGAUACAGCAUUACAUAAUAAUCAUAAUAUAGUCUAUAGGUAGGUAGCUAUAUAUACAAACAUAAAAUAGUCUAUAACUCUUUUAAUAAAUCUCAUGGUUUUGAUUUCAAACAGUGGUGUAUUUAGGAAUAUGUCAUGGGGAGGGUCCAGACAAUUUUCAUAAUACACAUCCGUGGGGGCUUUGCCCCCCACGCUCCCCAAUUACACUUUUAUAUAGAAAUUCAAUUUAUUACAAUGAAUUAACAUAAAUCCAUUUUAAUGUUAAUUAUUUAUUUUUAAUCAUAUAAAAUAAUAUUUAUAUUACAAAAUCCAAUUUCCUAGGACUAAAUGCCAUCUCAUUGAUUAUUUCAUUAACAUCUAGAUGUAUGUUCGGAUGAAUAGGCAUCAUAGCUAUUUAGCAUUUAGCCUCGUCUACAUAAUAAUAAAAUUAAAAAUACAGUACAAAUAAGUUAAAUUGUUUUAUAGUAGAUAUUAAAUAUUUUCCAAAAUAAUUAAAAGAUUACUUCGUUCGUUGUUGAUCUUAGAUAUGUUUUCAACCUUUACAAGGUUGAACAAGAUUUUUCAGAUGUUGCUGUUGACACCGGUUAUGUGCAAAAUAUUUUUAAUUAAAAAAUGUAUAUUUGGAAAGUCAUUAUUUGGGCAGCCCAAAAGUGCUUCUAACCCACUUUUGAUGUUUACAUCUUGACUGGCUAUUUUUAAUUUCCAUAUUUUAAUUUCAACAUAAGCAUUAUCAUUUUCCACUGGUGGUAAAUAAAACCCAACCAAAUUCUCAAAUAAUAUUUUGUCUGCAUCAGUAAAUGUUGAACUAAAUAAACAUUCAAACCCUAUCAAAAUAUACAGAACAUAAUAUUUAAUACCGAUUUUUAUAUUAAUCUAGAUAAAUCAAUAUACCUAAUACCUUUAAAAACGGAUUUGUGAUUUAAAAAUCGAGUUUUAAGUUGGUUGAUAAAAUUGUCAAUAAAUGACAUAAAUACUACUGAUGACGCAAGUAGCGGUAGUAGACGUUGUCUUCAUGAAAAAAUUUGUUAUUUUAUACAUUUCAAGACACAAAAUUAACGUACAAAACGCAAACGAGAGUAAAGAGGGCCGUUCAGUACCAAAAUGAAUAAUAAACGUAAUCAUUAAUCACGACAAUAAUAUUUACUGAUAAACAAUUGUAUCAAGAUCCGUGGCAGGUUUUUCUACAAAACAGAAUAGGUCAAUUUUAACUACUUUGUAGUUGUUCCCCAAGUGGCAUAGUAAGUUAACAGCCGAAGAUAAUAUACUCUUAUCGAUUUCCAACUGGUAAGACGUGUCAACCAUGCAUAACUAUUCAUGAUAACAUUUUUUUUCCCGAUUACGUAAAAAAAUAACAAGUUACAACUUAUAUUUGCACAGAAUAAAAUAAUAUAUUAUAUAUAUUAGACCUUUAGAUACGUAUUUAUGGAGCCAAAGGAAAGGGGUCCGGACCCCAUGGACCCCCCCUCGUAAAUACGCCACUAAUUUUUAAUAUAUAGUUGGGCCAUUUAAUUACUACUGUACUAUAGUCAUACACUCAUACUAUAUAAAUAGUUAAAGCAUUUAGUGUAAUCAUUUGAGGAGUAUUCAUCCUGUACAUUAUUAUUAUAUGAUUAUAAUAUAUACAAAACUCGAACUGUGUAUAUUUUUAACCUAAAAAAACUCAAGGAUAAAAUAUAACUAAUUAUAGACCAAACGUAAUGUAUUGAUUUUACCUAUCGUAAAUAAAUAAAAAAAUAAUCCGUUCAAAUAUUUUCGAAUCACAGGCGAUGAAUGGCGAUGACAGAUUUAAAUUAUUUAUACCAACAGGCAGGGUAUUAUUGUUCUUCGUAAAAAUUCUUGAUAUACUAUUAUUUUUAUUUGUGAAUAUUUAUAAUAUUAAAACUCUUAACAAUUUAAUAAAUAUAAUAUGAUUGAAAUAAAGGCCCAUGUUUAAGGAGAGGGGGAAGGUUAGUGGUAAUUUGUUUUGUUCUUUAAAGACGGGCAUUGUACAUAUUGAUACCUUAUAUAAAGUAAAAAUGUGUAUAAUAUAUAUUAUAUAAUUUGUUUUUUUGUUUUGUUUUAUGAAGAUAAAAAAGUUGUAAUUUAUUUAGCGUAGGCUACUUUAUACAUGUCUUCAACCCGUCUGGAUGGUCUUUAUCUCUCAUAAGCUUGUGAAUUUUGGAGUUCGGUUUUCACUAAACGAUUAAUUAGGCUCUAAAGAAAGUCUCCAUAAUUUUCAAUCCGAUCGGUGAAAAACCAGAGUUGUUUUACUUAUUGAAAACUUACACCAUUUCGAUACUCCCGUUUUUAUAGGUUUAUGAUUACCAGUUCAAAUUUAUUUUAAAAUUCGUUAAAAGUAAUUGUAAUUUAUUAUAUAUUUUCAAAUUAAUACAAUUUACAGCAGACUAAUAUUAUUUAUAGUAAAAUAUUGUUGUAUUCUACUUUUUGGUAAACAAAUUAGAUUGGGCGCCGGAGGGGGGAAUUAAAAUAUGUUGCCCCAGAUCAUAAAACUGCCAAGUUUGGACCUGUUAACAUACCAUAAUUUAUACAUUUUAUCAUUAAGUACGUACUUAUCUGUAUACAAUAUUCACAUUUAUACCUACACAGCUAAUACAUAUUAUUAUAUCAUUACAUUAAUCGUGAAUACACUUUGGAAGUAAAAAAUGCAUACCUAUCGAAUUCUAAUGUACUUGUAAUAGUCGUCAUACUAAAUAUUACGAAUCGCAGUGUAUUAUGGCAUUAUUUAAUUUUAUUAACACGUGAAAGUCGAAAUAAUACAUCAUUACGACCAUAGCGAAUAGAAAUAUUAAAAAAAUGUAUAAGGUUUUUAAUAAAUAUAUUAUACACAAAUGUUAAAGGGUAAAUGAUAGGUAAUUGCAGGUUUUACAUCGCGGAAUACAUAUUUCACUCUCUUAUAUAUUUUUGCGAUAAACAAUUUUUGGUGGGUGUACUAAAUAUUUUACACAUCACGCUGGUAAAACUGCAUUUUAUUGUAUUCAUCGGUCUUUUAUAUCAAACAUAAUAUAGCGGUAUCGAUUGCUGUAGCUUCUGGCAUAUUAUAACAUAAUAAAUGUCUGUUUAACGUAGGUCAGUAUUUUAUAAAAAAAAAAAAAAAAAAAAAAAAAAAACGAAAUGAUACAGAAUAAAUCGUUUUUAUGAUAGUAAAUAUUAUAGUGAAUAAUUAAACAAAUUUUAUAUUUCUUAAUUGAUUUCUUAAUGUAAUAUUUAAUGUAGAUAUACAUAUAUAAAAACAGUAAAAACUCAAAAUAAAACCUAAUGAGGAAAAUAGUAUUUCAAUUUAAAAUUAAUAAUAUGAGAAUAACACGCAUAGAAAUACAAUUCGAUAAAUAUACUUAAUAUUAGUAUGCAAUUAUUAUAAUUUGUAAUAUUAUACUUGAAAUUAUAAUGGUAUUAAAGUCGCAAAAUACCUAUCAAUAAUACAUUUAUUGUCGUAGCUUUAUAGUAACUACCCACUAUAUGUACUUCUACAUUAUAUAGAUACCCACAUACAUACAAAUAAUAUAUAUAUAUAUAAAAAAAAAAUUAUGAUCGAAGAAAAUAUGUAAUAUUUACAAUAUAUCAUUAUGAAUUAAUAUAUACCUAUUUAUAGGUCGUAAGUAUUGAAAUAUCAUACAUAAUAUAUUUAUUUAUUCGAUAGGUAUAUAGGUACGUACAAUUAACUAUACUUAAGUAGGUAUAUUAUAUUUUAAGUGAUUAAUAUCGAAACGUAUAUCAAUUAAAAAUAUAAAAGACGUUUUUUUUGAGAUGAAUAUAGUAUAAUAAUUCUAACAAUUAUAAAAAAUAAGUAAAAACAAAAUUACAAAACCAAAGAUAGAUAUAUCUUAUAUAACAUUAUAAUCUUUUUACGCAGGACUCUAUAACGGGAUAAUAGGACCCUAAUUUAGUAGUGGGGAAAAUCAAAAGUGCAAAUUGGCUCCACGAAUUUGGUCACCUGUACACACGUAGAGAAAUUUAAAACGUAAUUAUCAAAUUUAGUCCUGUAUAGUAAUAUUAUUGUAUAUUAUGGAUACGCUUAUUUUUCCUACAUUGAUUGCACAAAGUAUUCACAUUUACAUCAAAAUACGUUAAAUACAAUUUUAGAUAUAAUACUGGGUAGUUUUAUUUUUCUGAAAAACCUCUCUGAAAAAUAUAAAUAUUCAUCAUUUUUUAUAUUUGUAUUGUUUACAUUUUAAGUUUUUUCAUCCAAUUCUAUUUUUUACAAUAAGACUUGAUAUAUUUAAUUUCGUAUUAUCAAAUAUAUUGUAUACUUUUGUUAUUUUAUGUACUUAUUAUGUUACUAAAAUAGUUACCCUAUUUAAAAAUAAUAAACAUGUCAAGUUUUGUUUUGAAUAUUAAUUUUGUUUAUUAUAUAUUAGCAUAUUGAAUAUUAAUUUUGUGAUUUUAUAGUAUUAUUGAAUAGAUACUAAAUACUUUUAUACUCGUAAAACAAACAAACAAUACAAAAUAUUAUUUUUACUUAUAAAAGCUGAAUUAGAAGAGAAAAAUUUCUGAAAAAAGCCCGGAUUUUAUUAAACAAUAGGAGAGUGGAUUUAACUCAAAAAAACAGCCAGAGUUUUUUUCUGGUUGGGUUUUUUAUAUCAAUCUUAUUAUAAAUAUUAGUUUUUCUUCCUACUUUGCCCGAAACAUAAAAAAAUAACUAAAUAAAUAUACAAAUAUAAAUCUCAUUAAUUGAAACUCGUGUCUUAUCGUUUUAGAAUUAUUGAAAUCUGAAAAGUUUUUAUGUACCUACGUACCUUAUGACAUCAUUUUUGGGAGUGGGGCUUUUGGCUUUUGUACUUUAGAAAGGUAAGCCUUAUCUAUAUAUAAUUUUAACAGAAAUGAUAUCAGACACAACUAGAAGAUGGGCAUGGUGGGCUCACCAAAUUUUAGGUUUACCGAAUUAUUUUAAAACGAAAAUUAAUUUUUAACAACAUUAUAAUAUAUUGUUUUUUUUUUUUUUAAAUGAUUAAUGCGUAAACUGUAAAACAAUUUUAUUAUCAUCUUAUCAUAAUAUUGUACAAUAUUUGUUAUAAUACAUCGAAUCACAUCCGGUAGGUAUGUUGAUAAUGGUUCAGGUUCGCAUUUCACUUAUCAACAUAUAGGUUUAUCAUAAUGAUACCUUAUACUUAUACCUAUAUUAUAAUACGAAAAACGUUUACGUUUGCACCACUCUAUAUUAUAUUAUACUUCUCUAUCUAUAGAACGAAUAAUAUGCAUAGAAUAUAGUCUCUAUACUAUAGACUAUACGCGUCUAUAGGUAUAUUGUACGAUUUAUACGAUUUAUCUAUGACGCUCUAAUGAGUGUAAAAAACAUAAACAAAUACCUUUAAUAUAGACAAUAGAAAAACGUUGUUUUCUUGGUUAAAUAGUAAACAAAUCCAAUAUCUACCUUUUGAUAGUGUACAUACAAAAUGGAUUACCGAACAGAAAAUUAUAAAGAACCUCGCUAUAUUUUAAUGCUUAAAUAAUCAACAUGCACAAUAGGUUGUUUAUAACAAUGAAUCAUAACACGUAUUAUAUUAAAAUAUAGUAGGAAGAUAGGUAUAUUAUGCCUUUAUAUUAUUAAUACGGCAUUGUAUUGAUUAAUAAUUAAUAUUAAUAGUAUUUAUUCUAAAUCAUUAUUAUUUGUAAAUGUAUUAAUUACAAAAUAAAUGGGGAAAAAAUAAAAUAUUUUUCUUCUUUUCCGCACAUAAUCUUAUUAAGAUCAGUUUGCAGCAAUCCUUCUCUCUUCCCCGUGUUACUCGCUUUAAUAUGGGAAUAUUAUAAUAUUGGCUUAUAACAGGUGUAUUAUAUUUAUUGGUGCUAUUAUACGUGUGUGAAGUAGUGUAGGUAUAGUAUUAAAAUAGGUACGAAUAGAAGGACAAAUUGUUUUCAAAAAUAACAAAUUAACAUAUAAUAUAUACGUCUUGGGUAGGUACCGCGGCUUUUUUCGUUAUAUAUAAAGUGUCCAUUCGUAACGCAUGGAUUGUCCGAAAAGAAUAAUAUAUCGAAAUUAACGAAACGAAGUGCUUUAAUUUAUACUUCUUCACGUUCGAAAUAUUGUGUAAAAACAAACAGUAUAAUAAUAUAAAGGUAUAUGGGUAUACCAUUCAUCAUCGUACACCUACUAAAGUACUAACUGAUAAUAUUGUGUUAAAUAAUAAUCAAACAAUAGACGUUUUUGUCAUCAUUAUAUUUUGGCGAUCCGUAAAUCGUAUUGCUAAUGUCACUAGGUAUAUUCUUGUAUUAUUAUAGUGUAUACAGGUUAUAACUUCAUAAUUUUAUAAUAUAUUUAAUAUAAAUGUAUUUAGAUAUCUACGUACAUAUAUUGUGUUAAAAUAAAAUAUAUAGAUUUUUGUAUACCUUAUAGUUAUAAUAAAUGUAGUUGAGUGUAAAAAGAAAUAUAUAUGUUGAUAAAACAUCAAGUUUCACGAGUUAUUUGUUGAGUUUUGGCAAGUUCAUGUUGAAAAAGCGACAAAAUGUAAUUUAUGUCGAUCAGUUUACAAUUUUUAAACAGAUUAUAAAUGUAGGUAAAACCUUAAGCUCAAUGAGUUUUUUAACUCAAAUAAUUAUAAUAAUUAUAAGCAAUGACAUCAUAGAAGUAGUAAUAGUAGUAGUUAUUGUAGUAGGUAUAAUAAUAGGCUGAGAUUUUUUCUCGUUGUUCGGAUGAUAUAUACUUGUAUAAUAAUUUUUAAUUCAUGCAUUGUCUACGCGUUUAAAUAAUUAACUCAAUGCAAAACCAAAAAAAUGUAAAAUAUAACUCAUUUAAGUUGUUACAAUAAUCACUAUUUUCUGGUUGAUAAUUUGACAAAGCCUUAAUAGAUAUCCACAAUAGCUUAUUAUUUGAGCCCUUCAACCAAUAUAAUAUUCUGUUAUUAACUCAUAAAAACCGCAAUCGACAAAAUUAUACAAACUGCGUAAACUUAAUUCUUCGAUAGGUACUAUGAAACAUGAGUAAUUGAGUAUCAUCACGUCUUUGCAGAAAUACCUUUUCUAUAUUAUAAUAAUAUAAAAUAUAAUAUUUUCUCUGGAGUGUUAGGUGAUAGACAGAAAAUAUAAUAUAGAAUGAGUGUAGUAUAAAUGAGAAUACUUUAGCAGAUGAGUUGAAUAACGAAAGAAGAUAGGAUAAGGAAUGAGUACCUACAUAAAAGGUAGCUUAGACUUGGCUUCGAUAGUGGACAAAAUGAGAGAAUAUGGACUAAGAUGGUUUUGAGCACAUCAUAAUUAUGAUUCCUUAAGAAGAGAGGAAUCAGAAGCAGUAAGAAUUAUAAUAAUAAUAAACGUAAUGUAAAGAGGAGACAGGAAGACCGAAAAAUGGGUGGAUUGCAGGAUGAGAUUAAGAAUGAUACGAGAACGAUGGGUGUAUGUAAGGACGAUGUAGGGAAUCGGAUCAAUUAGAAGUUUAGGAGGAGAGUAGCCAACUUUAAAUAGUUGUGAAUUGUGAUGAAGGUGGUGAAAAAAAAGGUUAUUUUCACUAAUGUUCUUGACGUUUUCUAUGCAUUUCGUAAUAGCAACUCUCUUGGUCCCAAAAAUAUUUCUGCUUAUCUGCUCUUUAAUUUUCACCCCAGCCUCUUCUUUCCUAUCUAUAUUCUAUUUAUUGUGAUAUCUUUCCAUCCGUAUAGAAAAUCUAUUCCAUGACACCAAUUUAUAAAUCGAGUGAUUCUUUUGUUAUAACUAACUUCAUUUCUGAUCUUCAUUUUAUCAAAACUAUAAUUUUAUAUAUACAAGCAAACUGUUUGAAUCAAUUAUAUCUAAAAUUGCAUUAAACGAAGCAUCGAUCAUAUACUUAUAUCUGAACAGCAUUGAUUCCAACCCGAUGAAUCCAUCUUUUCAAGUAGUUUAUCCUAUUCAAAUUUAAAGAGACGGACAUACUUCACACGACGGGUGGGCUAAUGUUGUAGGUGAGAAGUUGGGAAGCUAAGAAAUAAAAGGAAUUUAAUUUAUAUCUGUACGCAACGAUAAACUAUUAGUAAUGAAAAACGAUUUAGAGUGAAGUUCGGUUAUUCAUAUUUACAAUUUUAGUCAAAAUUAAAUAUUAAAUUUCUUAUAAAAAAACUACAAUGAACUGAUUUUUUUUCUACCAUAUUAUGAGACUUUUAGCGAACUUCCAGUUAAAUUUUCAAGCAUUUCUGUUUGAUUUUUCCACAGAGUAUCUACCAAAUAAAAAUUAAGUAAAAAAUUCACAAAAUUAAAAUGUCUACAAAUAGUUCAAAACUAACUCGGAUAUUUUUAAAAUUUGACCACGUCUAGAAAAGUUAAAUAUAAGUUUUCUGUCCAAAGGUCAAGUCUCUGUAAAUAUUUUUAACAAAAUUACAACAAAACAAUUCAAUUUAAAAUAAUAAAAGCAUUAUUUUAGUAAAUUCUCUCGUUAUUUCUACAUUUUUUUUUUCGGAUUUGUUCAAUUAUUAAAAAAAAAUUACACAUAAAAUCAAAAACGACUUUCACACUCACCAACAAUUGCAAAAAGUAAUUGGAUUUUUUUGGUUGGAUUUUUAGAUUACUAUAUACUUGGCAAUUAUCUGAAAUUAUAAAAACUGAACGUUCUCAAUCGUAAUAAGCAAAAAGGUAUGGAGAACAGUUCUCAAUCGUAUUUCUACCAAUUAUUUGUACGACCCAUUCAAAGAUAUCCCACAUCGAAUUUCUAUCCUUAUGAUUACUUAAAGUUAACCAACGUUUUUUAACUCCUUAGUUUUCUGGAUAUUUUUGUUUUUCUUAAAAAGAGUUGACUUUAUAAUUCUCUCUAAUCCUACUCUGACAUCACCUCUCACGGCCAUAAACACCCCCAUCACCACAUAUUCAGAUCAUACACUCCCAGAUCCCUUAUUUUUAGUAGUUCUUAGAGUAGUUUCAAAAUUGCACCGUUUGAUCUUAGUUUUUACUUUCAGUUCAAAGAUUUAAAUUUAAACUGUUAAAUUUGUUUACACUCACAUUCUUACUUUUUUGUCCCUAUCUCUGUAAUUUCUGCUUAUCGUAGAUAAUACAACAGAUUUAGUUAUCUACUUAAAUUAUUUAAUCAACUUGAUUUCACCAUUUAUAUAUUAUAAAGAGAAAAUAUUUAUUUGUAUAUUUGUAAACGAGCAUAAUUAUAAAUACAAUUUAUAAAAAGAAACGGUUUGUGCACUUCGAAGUUCGAACUUUAGUUAUUUCAGUAACGCAUAGUAUUAUAAUUAUAUUGUUUUAAUGAUAAUUGUAUUAUUGUCUUCAAGAUAGAUUUAAGGUAAUGAAGCUUAUAAUUAAAGCACUCAAUUGUUACUAUUAUGUAUUUCAAAUUCUAUAAAAAAAUUUUCUUGGGAUAUUCGGAAAAUUAAAUUACGAAAUUUGAAAAUUAUCUGUUUUAUAAGUAGGUUCCUAAUAUUGCAUGUCUUCAAAAAUACUGUUAAAUACAUUAUAAGUGUUUUACUUAAUUCAAAAUUAUUUUGGUCUUUUAAAGUUCAUUUAAACCAUAUAAUACUUCUAUUUAAUGUCUAACAAAUAUAUCUAGGUGUAUACCUAGGUAUAAUGGCUAAUUAGUAAUUAUUAAAAAAUAAUCUGAUAAGAUAAGUAUCAAAAUAAUGCAACGUAAUACGAAAUACUGAUAUACAACAGAGAGCAAAAUCUAAGUAAUUUAAUGAUUACUUAUACUUAUUAUAAAUGUAUCAUUCAUAAUUAAAAUAUGUUUAUCUUCUAUAAAAUAUAGGUGUGUAGCAUCAUGGCAUCAUAUCCUUAACACCUCAACAGUAAUAAAUACCUACUACAUGAAUUUAACUUCUAAACAUUUUAAAAUUUAUAUAAUACCUAAUAAUUUUGGGCGUUCAUUUUGAUAUAUUACUUAUAAUUUAAUUUUAGUCUCUAUACUACAAAUACACUCAAGAUUACUCGAGAAAUAUUUGUUCGAAGACGAAUUAAUGAAUGUCGAAACAAUAAAAAUAGUUUAAAAACUAUUGUUCUAAGUAUGAUCUAUGAUAGUAUCUACAUUUUCAAAAAUAAUAUAGUUUUAUCGUUUUUAUAGUUUUAAAAUUUAACAUCAUACAUUAAAUAUUAUGUAUUUUAACAAAGAUCGUUAGCUGACGUUUUGCUCUUUAAAUAUUCAUUUAAACUUACGUAGUUAUUUAAAAAUUCUUUAAAAGUGGUUGAUUAAAAUACGAACAUUAAUAAAGUCGUUGAGAUUAAUUAAAUAUUACUUCUUUAAUUUAAUUUGAACGUUAAAUCUCUAAAAAGUAAAUAGGUACCUAAAAUAUUAUGUAUACUGUUAUAAUAUACUUAUACACAGUUUCUGCAAAAGCAACUCUCUAGGGGGUUAAGCAAUUAUUUUACUCUGAAGCAUAAAAUAAAGCCACUAACAAAAAAAAGAAAAGACGUCCUAGGAUAAUGGAGACGGGUGCAACCACUGUGGUAGAUAAUUUAAUGUAUACCUGUAAUCUACGAUUGAUAAUCAAAAACCGAUUCUAAGCGCAGUUUAGUUAAUAGUGAUGCUUUAUCAACAAUAUAUAUUUCAUAUUAUGGUAAAAUAAUUGAAUAGGCAUUAUAUAUUUUCUUUAAUAAUAUUUGUUUAAUAUUGUCUCGAUUUUCCCCGUUUUCCCAUGUUUUUUCUCGGAUUGUCACACUUGCUAAGGAAACACUUGGCAAAAUUUAAAAAUAACCUUCCUAAAGUACCUUCCCAGUCAGAUUUACUUUCAGAAAAAGUGCUAUCAUUGUAAAAUGGAGCAAAAUUGCUGGUAGAAAAGUUGUACACAGAAAAUAAAGGACAUAAUAUUUUUUUACUAAUAUCUACAUUUCAUACAUUUUCUGUUUUCUGACAUUUAAUACCGGUUUUUCCCAGUUAUUAUGAAAAUCGAUUGAAAAAUCACAAAAAUGAUCUCCUUAACCCAUGAAGAUAAAAUUUCCUUUCAGAAAAAUAAACUACACUUGAUACAUAGAAGCAAGAUUUCUGGUAGAAAAGUUUGCACAACAAAUCGAGGGAUAUUUUUCAAUUAAAAUCAUCCGAGCGAGCGAUAGCUAGGUCUCUAGGUACACAUAAAAUACAUUUGUUUUUCCCUAUUUAGUUAAAAGGUGAGAAAAGUACAAAUAAUUUCUUUUCGAACCCUAAGGCUUUGAACCCACAAUCCCUAGUAUGACAUUAGGCAUUCAUGACCAUUCGACUACAACAAACGUACAAUAAAGUGACAAUAUAGAAUUAUUUAAUAUAAACAUGUAAUAAUAAUAUCUGCAUAAUAUCUGAACUUCAAAAAGCUAUAAUUUUGAAACUUCGUCAGUCCGCUUAAUUCUGACUAUACCAUCAUUUUUAAAUCGGCAAUACACAUACGUUCGAAAAAAAAAUAAAAAUUAUAUUUUUUCUACAUCAUUUUUUACUCAAACAAUUUUCGUCAAAAUAUAGUAUCAAAAUUCCUUUAUAAAACAAAUACUACAUUAAACUCAAUUUUUUUUUAAGUUUUUAUUAUUUGAAUAUUUUUAAACAAUCAUUGUUGUCAUGGAAAUGAGCAUUGUUGUAUUUAUUUCAUCAUAAUAUGACAUAUAUAUUGUUAACGAAGCAACACUAUCAAAUGAACUCAGCUCAGAAUCGUUUUUUCAUUAUCAAUGGUUUAUCUUUGCUUACAGAUAUACACUAAAUUCCUGUCUGUAUCCUACCUUUUCUUUCCACCUAAAACCAGUAGCCUACGUGUGAUGUAAGGUAAAAUAAUUACAAUGCGCGUUUCCAUAACAACAAUGAUUGUUUUAAAAAGAUUAAAAUAAUAAAAACUUGGUAAUAACAAUAAAUAAAUAAAAACGGUUGCCAAUUACAACCUUAUUUUAAAUCUUUCAAUUUUUUAUAACCUUAAGAACCAGGUUUCCUCGUUAUCUCUACUAUUAAUAAGAAUUUAUAAAAACGACUUCUUUAAAGUACCACCCAGAGAAUAUUUCCUUUCAGAAAAGGUGCUAUACUUUGAUAAUGGGAGUAUGCUUUCUAGUAGAAAAAGUGUUCACAUAAAAUUAAAAUAAACAUCUUUGUAAAACCCAUAUAUGCUUCUAAAUUCAAAAUUUAAUAAAAUAACAAUGCAAAAUUUAAUGCACUUUUUUUUUUAAUAAUUUAUUAAUAAUUUUUUGGAGCAAUAAAUAUGUUUUAUAUUGUAAUUGUAAAUAUAAACUACACGAUGUGACAAUGAAUUUUCACAUCCAUUACAAAUUUAAAUGAAUUUAUUGAAAAAACAAAUAAAAAACACCAAUGGGGCUGUUUAAACCUCAAUGAAUCACCCCGGUGAAUACGCCCAUGAUGUAAGCAUUAAAAAUGUACAUACUCGUAUAAAUAUAGAGAUGAUAAAAUUUAUAAUUCCUCAUAAAUUAAAAAAAUAUUAAUAGUCGUAUAAUAUGUAAGAAAAUCAAUAAUUUUAAUCACAACCAACGAUCGAAAAAAGUUAAAAUUUGAAUAAAACUACCAUUUGUAUGAGUAUUUGAUAUAUACAGAUUGAUUCACUAAGCUUGCUUACCCUAUUUUUGGUUACAUUUUGCAUGUAUUCAAGUUCUGAUUUUUGGAAUUUUUAAAUGUAUUUAAAGCCGAUAUUUUUGAAUACUUAGAUUUUUCACAAUACUUAAGGUGUAUUCUGUGGCGAUACUAACUUCGGUUUUUCAAAUGAGAACCUAUAUUAAAAUUUCGUAAAGAGACGGAGUAUACUGAGUUUUCUCAACAAACGUGAAAAACCGAAAAAUAACAGAAGAAAAACUGGAAAAUGUAUGAAAUGUAGGUAUUAGCUGAAAAAUAUUUCAGCCUUCAUUUUUCCUGUGUACUACUUUUCAACCAGCAAUUUUGCUCCGAUUUAUAACAAAGAAAAUAAAUCUGACUAGAAAGAUACUUUAGGGAGGUAAUUUUUCGAUUUUUCCAAUAAAUGUGAAAAAUCGGUAAAAACGCAGGAAAACUGGUAAAUCGGUACAAUAUUAAACAAAUAUUAUUAAAGAAAAUAUAUAAUGCUUAUUUAAUUAUUUUACCAUAAUGUGACAUAUAUUGUUGACAAAGUAUCGCUAUCAAAUGAACUGCACUCAGAAUCGUUUUUUAGUUAGCAAUGGUUUAUCGUUGCUUAUACAUAUGUACCUUAAAUUACCUAUAACAGUGGCUGCACCUAUCCCCAUUAUCCUAGGACGAUUUUUGAGAAUGAAAGUAUGAUUUAAAUUUAGCUAUUUAGAUUUAUAAUUAUUAUUAAGGAACUUAUUUUUCUGUCGUUUAUUAUAUUUAUUCGAUUAAAAGUCAAAAAUACGAACCACAUACAAAAUUGUUCUUAAUCUAUAAUUUAUCUAUAAAAAAAUAAAAUAAUAAGAUUAAAAAAAUACAACUUAAAUAUAAAGUUUUAUUUAUAUGUAUACAUUAUACACGUGUGUGUAUAUAUAAAUAUAUUUGUACCUGUUCCACCGAUCCAUUAUAACCUAUUGUUAUAAUAUAUAUUGAAUAUCAUUUAGAUAUUUUAAGAUAUACAUAAAUCUUUCAAUCAAAAUACGCCUUAGGUACAUGGAAAUUUAUUAGUUUAAGAUGGUGAGAUAAUGUAUAUUUUACCUCAGCUUUAAAUUGAUAAAUUACGUUCGUCAAACAUUUACGACGUACGUAGUAUGGGUUUUUUUUAUUAUUAUUAUUUUUUUUUAAUGGUAUAUGACUAAGAUUUUCGAAGAAAACAUUUAUACAAGUAUGGAAUAUUCACGCAAUAUACUCAGUAAGUAGGUAUGAACUAUGAAUAGAAUAUUAAAUAAUAAUAAGAUAAGAGUACAAACAGGUCAGUUAUUGAUAUUUUUUUCUAAUUAUAAAAUAUAAUUUUGCCUAUUUAGCUACCUAUACAAUAAAUUUAAUAGUAGGUUCCUAAGUUAGUACCUACAUAGCGCAAAUACUGUUAUCAAUAUAUUAUUAUAUAAUGUUUUUAAAUUAAUUUGAUAUGAUUAUUUAUUAGGCAAAUUAUAUUAUAGUAGAUAUUUAAAUAAACGUACCUUGUAUUGUAGGUAUAUUAUAAAAUAUUUUCAAUAACUAAAUAUUAUGUUCACAAUUUACAACAUUAAACAUAUUGAUAUGAAAUAUAAUUAUAUAAAGUAAAAAAUAAAUAUAGCAAUUAAAUUCAUCGGGACUAACCCCACGGUCCUCACAAGUAAAUUAAAUUUAUUACAUUAUCAUAUAAUUCGUUAUAACUUUCAUUUUAUGAAUUAUGAUUUAAAAAUCAAAACAAUUUAUUUAUAUUAAACUACUAUAUUAUUAGUUACGAGAAAGGUUAUUUUGUAGCAUUUUGUAUAUAAUAGUAGCUGGUACAUUGGAGAGGUCAAUUUAUUAUUAUCUUUGCAAUUUUCAUUUGAGAUUUUUUUAAGAUUUAUGUGGAUAAAAUUGUUUGGCCUAACAGAAAUGCUUACAAAUUUAACAUGAGGUUCAUUAUACGUUGUACUAAGUGGUAAUACAAAAUCAAGGAUAAAGUAGUCGUUUUUCGUAAAUAUCAAAAAACCACUUUCUUGACGUUUUUCUAUUGGAUUAAUGUUUCUGGUAGAAAACAUAGUAUGCGCAAAUUUGAAACCAAUGAAAUCGGUAACGUCGCUGUGCGUGGCGUGCCGUAAAUAUAUUUUGACCUUUUUCCGAUAAAUUUUUCCCGAAUUUUUCCAUUUAUAAAAAAAACCCAUUAGAAAAUCAAAAAAUGACUUUUAAAUCAACAACUAGAUAAAAAUUUUCUUUCGGAAAAAGUGGCUACACAUGAUACAUCAUAUCCAAACCAUUACAUCUAUCGUUGUACGCUCCGAAUCUAAAAUAAAUCACUUUACAUUUAAUAUGUUCAAGUUAUCAUAGUUAUCAUUCAUUUAAAAUCUGUAGCUUGCCAUAAUCUACAAAGAAAAUCCCAUUUACAAAUUCAUAAAAUCCUAAAAAUAUCGGCACUUGUAAAGAAUAAUAUAUAAUAUUUGUCUAGCUUAUUUAUUCGAUUACUCAUAAUUAAAUUAUUAUUAUAUUAUUUGUAUUAGGAUCAUAAUCAUGCAAAUAAAAAUCGAAAUAUUUUUAGAAAAGAUUUAUAAAAUAUUGCAGUAUUAUUAAUGACAAUGUUUGUUUAAUAAAAUAUUAACUACAUUGUAUUUAGUAUUUUCAGAAUAUUGCAUACAAACAAACAAACGUCAUAAAUAUAAUAUAUAACGAUUUAUUAAAUAAAAACCUUUAUAUUGUGUAAUUGAACACAAUACAAUGAAGUUUUCACUGAUAUUGUGAAAAAAUAUGUACCUACAUUUUUCAGUUCUUCGCAGUUUUAGAUAAUAUUAUCAUUAUUAUACUUCCAUGAAUUUCUGUAGUGUAUUUAUUUUAUUUAAACAUUUGUAUUUUUGAGUACAUACGUUGUAUGUAGGUACCUACAUGCAUACUAUGCAUGACUACUGAAAUAAUGUUUUCUCCAAUAAUACAAUAAUUAUGCAAUACAAAAUUCUUAAGUUAUACAACAAAAUAUAACAGCAGCUACUACUACACGUCAGUUAUUCGAACUUGUUUGUUCGAUAUUGUAUACUCAAAACCCAAAAGUUAAUUAAAAUUUGUUCUUUAUAUUAUACUUAUAGUAUUAUAGGCAGGCAGGCAAGUAGGUAUACCUCUCAUUAUAUUAAUGAGCAGCGUGUGUCCGAUUUCUUUUUUCGACAGACGACAUAUUAUUCAGACCUUAAUUUCUAAUAAUAUAUUAUAGUAACACGUAUGCUAUUUGAUCCCAUACUGUAGAGUUUAUUGUUGUUAGGCGGUCUAUUACUUUUGGUAAAUGGUGUGCGAAUUCAUUUGAUGCGGACCCCUGCCCUAUUUCUCCGAUUCCGGUGGAUAAUAUUAAUAUAUUACAUUUACAUCCUUUUUAUCGGUCAAUAUCAAUUAACGGGGUGACAUAGUUCUCAUUCGGUCCUAACGCAUGUAUCGCUAUCACACUCGUAAAUAAUAUUAUAAUACGGAAGUGUUCGUAUGUUGUCCAUUAUGAAAAUGAAAAUUUAAAUUAAUUAAGCCCUAUAUAAAUUACGCGAAUAUAAAAUAAAUUCGCGUUAAGUUUGAUCACAGUUCUCAAGCAAAUAAAUGUUCCGUAUACUAGGGAUACCUAAUAUUGUUAUUUACUCAACACGAUAAAAGCAUGCAAUCAACAAAUAUUUAAGCCAACAAUAAUAAAAUCCUAAAGCUUUUUUUUAAUUUGUUGAAAAAUGGUUUGAACUCAUCAAAACGCUUAGGUGUUUAUUGUUUUACUUAUUAAAUUCUGGGCAGAGCGAGAUGUAUAUAUGCAUCUAUUUUAUUUUUACCUUUUACCUUGAAAAAUUGCUUUUUCACGGAACAGUUAUUAAAAUGCUUAAAAAGUUUUACUAGGCAACUUUAUAUUAAUUAGUGUACCAGUGUGGAUCAGAGUGUCAUAUAUCUCCUGAAAUAAUAAAGACAAAAAUGUUCGUUUAUAUAUAUAUUACUCACGGGGAUAAGGAAUACAAAUAUUAAUAUUUGAAUUAAAUUUGUAUGUUUUAAUAAAAAAUCAAAAAAAAAUGUUUAUACUAUUUUUGAAAGAUUUGAAAAUAGCCAUUUUAUACAGUUAAUUAUUCUAAAAAUAAUUGUUUAAAGUUUACAGAAAAUUACCUAUAACUAUGCUGUAAUCGCAUUCACUAAUUGAUUAUUAUUAUUAUUAUUAUAGCUAAUUGACUGUACACUAUUUUUUCUCGGAACUUAAAAAAUUAUUAAAAAUCACGAAUUUAAUUAAUAAAGUUAAUGUAUAUAUAAUAUUUUCUGAAUUAAAUUAAUCUAUAUAAAAUCAUUGUUUAGUAACUGGAUUUAACUAGAAAUAAAAUAUAAAUUUUAAAUAAAAUAUAUACCCUAAUGUAUUAUAAAAUAAAUAGUCAACACUUACAAAAUAAAUACGUAAUAGUGAUAUUACUUCAAUGCUAUAAUAAUGUACAGUUUCAGUUGUAUUCAAUAAAACUAAAGAAUUCAAAUUUUACAGUUGACCAAACGAUAAUUUUUUUUAUAUAGUACUUCAUUUAAAAAUUUACAUUUUUAUUAUUUUUAUUAUAAUUUUUUGUACAAAUGUAUAUUACUAUUAACUAUUUUGAACUUCGUCCCUUGUAUCUAUAGUAAAGUAAAAGUAUAUUAUAAACUUUAAAUUUUCAUUACCCACCAAUUAUUAUUAUUUUAAACAAACAUUUUCUGCAAUGUGAUAAUAUUUCUUAACAUAUAGGUAUCACAACAUAUAUCUACCCACGUGAAAUUCUGCAACAUACUCUCACGUGACAUUUCCAUUAGCUGAGUCAAAUUAUAAAAAAAUAUGGUGUUAUAAAAACGAAUCGUGAUAUUUUUUAAAAUAUAUUAUACCUAGUACCUACAACAUACCCACCAUAAUAAAAUUUAUUUACAUUAUUAUUAUUUAUUAGUCAGAGAAUCUAGCCUAUUUGGUCCUGGACCAUGGUGGUAAUGGUGGAUCUAAAGCUCUUUAGAGGAAGUCUAAAAUUAGUUUAAUAUUAUUAUAUUGUAUACUAUAAAUUCAUAUUUUUAACGUUCAAAUAUACAACGCUGGAGAACCCCCUUCCCAAUCAUUUAUGACCUUAGGUACCUAUGCUACCCAAUUAACAACUUUUUAUAAAAGUCCAAAGGGGGGGAUUAUCAUGUUAUCCUUUAAAUUCAACACUGUCUAGUGCUCUAAAUCGUAGAAUUAUAAAAUAUAGACCUAUACUCCGACCCAGUGAUAUAAUUUGGGCAUAAGGUCAGGAUUGCAAAAAUUACUAAAGGUUACUAAGAUCUGUGUGCGAUUUGCCCCCACACCCCCAACAUUAUAAAAACAUACGAUGUUUUUCAACCUAACUUCAAUACAAUCAUUUGUAUAUAUUAUUAUGUAUUAUUAAUAUAAAAUACAUUAUAAAUCUAUAUAAUUCUUCUUAUUUAGGUACAUAUUAUUAAAAACUAUGAAUUUUAUAAAUCAUAAUCUUUUAAAAUUAGAUUAUAAAAAUCUAGAAUUUUCAAAUUGUAACUGUUUUACUGUUGUUUUCUAUUUGAAUGUAUUUAUAGUAAUGACUUAUACAUUUAUUGGUUAUUUAAAUUGUUAUUUAAAUAUAUUUUUACUUUUUAAUGCUUGAUAAUUAAAAUAUUCCAUAACUUACAUAAAAAAAUAUAAUAAAAUAUUAUAUAAGUAAAAAUACGAUGACAGAUAAGGUUAAAUCUAAAAAUAGAUUUUUAUUUAAUUUGGAAUAGCCAAAUAGUGAAUUGAAAAUUGUAAAAAACUGUAUUUUCAUCGGUAGAGUAAUGAUUCAUAUAUAAUUUCAAAUUUUAUAAUUUUCGAACAUAUUUUUUUUUCGUAAUUAAACAAUUACUUACCCAUUUUAAUUUUAAUGAAAAUCGAUAAAUACAGAAAUUUCAGGGGUUGCAAAUCAACCUCGGCAUUAUAUUUGGGGUCGCAAGUGCGAUUCAUUGCGACCUCUCUAAUUACGCCACUGCUCCGGUCCACAAGAACAAGGUACUCGUUCAUACGCGUAACGGACGGCGUUGAACGUCUCGGGGAAAUAUUUCCCCUACUUAAACAUUUCGGGUGGCAACGUGCUACCGCAUGUGUACCAUUAUACAGCUAAUGAGGUUUUUAGUGGGACUGCGCAAACUUGGAUGAGUUUUGGUCAAAAUACGGGUUCCUUUUCAAGGUGAUACGUGAAAAUCAAAAUUAUUAAAUUAAACUAGGUAUUAUAUAAAAUGAAUUUUAAGAUACUCUCGUGAGAAUUUACUAAUAUUGUAAAAAAAAAUAAAAUAAUAACCUUCACAUUUCAUUUUAACAUAAUAUUACUAUGUAUAUUUAUAAAAUCGAUCAAAUAUUUAAUGAAAUGGAUUUUAAUAAUUAUUUUUUUUAUAUCAACGAUUCGAUUUUGUUUUUUAAAAAUCAUAAUCAUUAAUAUUAUAAAAACAUUUAGGUAUCAAAGGUAAAUAGUCUUUAAAUAUUGUUGAAUUGAAUAAAUAACAUAAUAAUUAAAAAUAAUCUGCAACGUGUUUGCAUUGUAUAAUAUUUGUUAAUACCUUAGACUAUUAACCAAACCGUAUUGUUUUCAAUGUAAAAAAAAAAAUCCUUAACAAUAAUAUAUCUGAUAAACAUCACAAUUUUGGUCUGUAUUCUUUCCAAACUUAUUAAAUUAUUAUUAUUUAAACGACGCUACGUAAAGGCUACAAUAAUAAUAAUUUCAAUACGUGCAAUUUAACGUAUUAUAUAAAUAUGGGUAGGUACCUAAUCUGAUCGAUAUCUUGUUUAAACUUCAAUUUUACGCCUUAAUAAUGAUUAUUAGGAGCUUAGAGGACAGUAGCUCUAGUUCCCCUCCUCAAAUAUUUGAGAAAUGGUGAUUAAAAAUAUAAAAAUAAGGCGUGUUCUGGAGUCGUAGAACGGUAUUAAUAUAGGAAAGCUUUCGGAUGCCCCUAUGAAAAAUCUCUGGAAACUAAGUAUAAUAAUAUUAUUGAACAGUAAACUGUUAGUAUAAACUAACAAAAAAUAUAGAUUUUAUGACAUUUUAAACGAUCAAAAAUAAUAAUCGUACUAAUGGAAAUAAAACUAAAAUAACUAAUGAUCAUCCGAAUCCGUAUAAAAUUAAACGUAAUAAUAUCGAUAAUCGAAAUAAUAUACCUGCAUUGACAAUUAAUAACGUUAAUAUUAUUUAUUUGCAUAAAUAUUAUUCGUAGGCACCGAUAAUACAGAACGUAUUUUAUUAUUAGUGUUGUUACAAUUAUUUGUCCAUAAUCUACACUACCGACUCUGUACUAUUGGCCUUUGCAUCUUGACGAAAAAAAAAUAACAAUUUAAAUCGAUAAUAGAAACAAUUUUGAACAGUUUAAUGAAGACUAUAUUAGGAUGCUAAAAUUAUACAAGUAUGUAUGCUGAAUUUAUUUUAUUAAUUAUUAGUUAGAGAAGUCCGAUGAUAGAAUUUUAAACUAUAACAUUUCCGAAUUUCUUGCAGAUUACUUAGCUUAUCUGUAUUAUUUAAAAAUACAUAUAAAAUCGGUAUACACUAAAUUAUAAUAUUAAACUAAAAGUUAUAUAUUCUAUAUAAUAAUUUAUGAUUUAAUACUAUUGCUUAUAGUUUAAUUUAAUUUAUUUGACAUAUCAUAGAAUUAAUUAAUUAAACUUUUUUUUUCAAAACAAAUAAAAUAAAUAAAACAAACACGAAGUGAACUUAAAUAAAUGCUUGUAAUAAUUUGACUUACUUUAUAUUUUCAAUUUGCUAAACAUUUUUAUAUAGGUAAGUAACUUUUCAUAUACUUAUAUUGUAUUAUAUAUUUAUAAAAAUAUUUAUAUUAUAUUUAUUUAUGAAGCUUAAGGGCAUAUUUUACUAUCUCGGUCUUAAAAACGUACGAUAUACAAAUUUGCGUUCAGCAGGGACAACUUUGUGCUGUUUUUUUUUAAUGUUAGAAUGAAUUGACCUAUUAUCAAACUUCCAGAUAAAAACAUUAUCUGUAAUAUAACAUUGUUCAUAAAAACCAUGCAGGUAGUUUUUUACAUUUUAAUCUCACCAUUCCUACUAUACAGUAUUUUUUUUUAUUUAUAAAUAUAUGAAAUUUAUUUAAAUUUAAAUAGUAAAUACAUUAAAAAAUGUGUACGCAAAUAAUUUGUUUUGAUCGUCAAAAUUAAAAAUGAACUAUACAAUUUUAUUAAAUUUCAUCAGAAAGUAGUAAAAUACACACAAUUAUACUUCUAAUAUAUUAUGUUAUUAAACUUUUUAAAAAUUUUUAAUUUUAAAAAUGUAAAAUAUGUAUGAAUAUGAACAAUUUUUUUAUUCGUCAUAUUAGUAUCUUUUGUUACAUCAGGUUUGACUAAAAUGUAAAAAAUUACUAUUAUUAUUAUUUUUUUUUUAAUUUUAACGCUUUAAAAUCAAAUACACAUUAUACACAUAUAAAAAAAUCUACGUAGGUCUAGUUUCUUCAAGAAAAAAAAAAUAACACCUAUCAUGAUUAUAUAUAGUUAAUAGACUUACGAGGUAACUAUUGUAACUGAAAAACAUGUGUAACUAUGUCGCCAUGCUAAACAUCUCAAAAAUAUUAAAUACGACGUAACCAUUUUUAUAUCCAAAACAGCAUAUUAUUUUAAAGGGAAAAAAAACAUUAUACCGGAAACAAAUUUGUGUUAGUAACCGUGACGAAAAGUGUAUUGUUGAAUGGUUACUAACAAAUGCGAAUGUAAUAAAAAAUGUCUCAAUGUCAGGACCUAUUUGUAUUAUUAAUAUUAACCUUCGAAAUUUGUUGCUUCGAAGCACCAUAUAAUAACACAUUAUAAUCAAUAAAUCAAAAUUUAUAAAUGUAGUUAUAGAUAAUGCAACUUAAAAAUUAUUGCGAAAAGUUUAAAUUUAUUUUAAUUUUUCGUAAUAUACAUUACGUAUAUUUUCAUUUGCCCGUUUUUUCAUUGAGUUUGUAUUUAAUUAUAGCCGUAAAAGUGUUAUAUAAAUAUUAUCGCUAUGGCUACUACAUGAAUAGAGAAAUUUCAGUUCAAUAGAAAAUGACUACAAUAAUACACGAACUCAUCCGUUGCUUUAAUAAAAUCACGCCUGUAUUUACAAUAACUUUUAUUGUUUCAUGAUAAAAUAAAAAUAAUUUGUUUUCUGAGUUUAAUCGUGACUAAAAUCUACCUCAUAUUAAAUAUUACAUCACAAAUUAUUAUAUAAUAUACUUAUUAUAUGACCUCAAAAAUGUGACUAAAUUAAACUUUUAAAUUCAGAUCGUAGUAAGAUUAAUUGGAAUUAUUGGUUUUACUAUGGAUGUAUGUUUUUAUAUUUUUUCAGAUCCGGAGCGUAAUCCAACAUUUUGUUUUUUUUGUUCUUUGUUAUUUUUUUUUUUUUUUGUUGUGCGUUUAUGAGCAACUUUUUAUCAGAAACCAUGUUCCUAUGUACCAAGUGUAGCAUCUUUUCUGAUUGGAAAUUUUAUCUUAUUAGUACUUUGAGAGGUCAUUUUUUGAUUUUCGAAACGGUAUUCAAAAUAAUUGAGAAAAAACCGGAAACAAAAUUUAGGUAAAGCAAAUAUUUACGACGCGCCACGGUGAUACCGUUUCACUGUUUUCAAUUUUUUCAAACUAUGUUUUUAUCAAAAAUAUUAGAGAAAUGACAAUAAAUAUUUUUUGUUGCAUUUGUAAUCUAUUUAUAGUGGUACUUAAUGCAGGGGUGGAUUAACGAAUAGACCAAUCAGGCCUGGGCCCAUGAGUGCCAUAAUUUUAAGUUGUAAAAGGGGCACAAAUAUUUGUUUGCUUCCAUUAUAAACAAACAAUAGAAACCCGUAAUUUCAUUGAAUUUUAAUUGAAUUAUAUCUUCAUAGAUGGUGUUUGAAGUCUGUGGCUGCCAGUGGCCUAUAUUACGUAGGAAAUCGUAAAUUAAUAUUCUUAUCGGUUUUAACUUAUCAUGUUCUAUAAUUAUACGGGGUCUACAAUAAAAUCAGAUUGAAUGCACUAUCUCUAUUAAAUAUAAAAAAAUAAACUACUUCAAAGCUUGGAUUAUUCUAAAAUAGUAACUGAAUUCAGUACCAGGAAAUCCAGAAAAAAAAAUUAAUUUAAAUUAGUAUUUUAUGUAAAUUACUAUAAGUAAUUAGUAUAAUUAUAAUUCUUAGUUACUGAACACUUAUUUUUAUUGUGCUUUGUUUUUAUACAUUUUUUUUCAAUGUAAAAUGCAUGUUUAAAAAAAAAAUACAAGAGAUUUUAAAUACUGAGCUGAGCGAGGAAUGUAUUGGUUUUACAAUGAUGUUUAUUUUUUUUUCCUAUACAAUUUUCUAUCAGCAAUUUUACUCAACAACAAUAAAUAUAAUAAUGGCACCAUUUUAUACAAGGCGCUAAGGGUGUUAAAUUUCUUAAUCCGGUUCUGACUCUGGGGAUACAAUUGUUAAACUAGACACAGAUACUUAAUAAUUUAAUUCAAGAUUCAAUGUAAGUUUAUCUUAGUAGUUAAAAAAAGUUAAGCGUAGUAUAGUAGUGUUUUUUUCAUAAACGUUUUCAGAUCAAAUUUUGACGAAAAUCGUAAAUAUUGCUGCCUUUCAGAACAUGUUUAACCAAACUUCGCUCCUAACCGUUUUUCAUUAACAAUGAAGUUUAUCAUUGUUUACAGGUAUUAAUUAAAUCCUACUUUUCCAACUUCCCACCUACAAUAGUAGCUCAUCCGUCCCCAGUAUCAACUCUUUUUUUUUUAUUAUUUAUUAUUAUUAUUAUUUUUUUUUUUUUUUUAGAAACCAACAACUAUUAUACACAAUACAGGUGCAAAAUCGUGA